AUGGGAAGGGCACAUAAAGAUUUAACUUUCUUUUCACCUCUCUCUCUCUCUCUCUCUCUCUCUCUCUCUCUAUCUCUCUCUUUCUACCUCUCUCUCUCUUUCUACCUCUCUUUCCGCCUAUCUCUUUCCGCCUCUCUCUUUCCACCGCGCUCUCCCUUUCCGCCUCUCUCUUCCUGUCGCGCUCUCCCUUUCCGCCUCUCUCUUCCCGUCGAGCUCUCCCUUUCUGACUCUCUCUUUCCACCGAGCUCUCCCUUUCCGCUUCUCUAUUUCAACCGAGCUCUCUCCCUUUCCGUCUCCCACUUUCCACCGCGCUCUCCUUUCCGCCUCUUUCAUUCCACCUCUCUCUUUCCCUUUCCGCUUCUCUAUUUCCACCUCUCUCUCUCCCUUUCUGCCUCUCUCUUUCCACCGCGCUCUCCCUUUCCGACUCUCUCUUUCCACCGAGCUCUCCCUUUCCACCUCUCUCUUUCCAGUUCUCUCUCUCUCCCUUUCUGCCCCUCUCUUUCCACCUCUCUCUCUUUCCGCCUCUCUCUUUUCACCGCACUCUCUCUCUUUCCGCCUCUCUCUUUCUACCUCUCUCUCUUUCUGCCUCUCUCUCUUUUCAACGCUCUCUCUCUCUCUUUCCCUCUCUCUUUUCCACCGCUCUCUCCCUUUCAUCCUUUCACCCUCUCUCUUUCCUCUCUCUUUUCCGCCUCUCUUUUCAACGCUAUCUCUCUCUCUCUCUCUUUUCCGCCCUCUCUUUCAACUCUCUCUUUCUGCCUCUCUCUUUUCACCGCACUCUCUUUCUUUCCGCCUCUCUCUUUCUACCUGUCUCUCUCUUUCUGCCUCUCUCUUUUCAACGCUCUCUCUCUCUUUCCGCCUAUCUCUUUCCACCGCGCUCUCUCCCUUUCCCCCUCUCUCUUUCCACCUCUCUCUCUUUCCGCCUCUCUCUUUUCACCGCACUCUCUCUUUCCGCCUCUCUCUUUCCACCUCUAUCUCUCUUUUUGCCUCUCUCUUUUCAACGCUCCCUCUCUCUCUCUCUUUCCGCCUCUCUCUUUCAACCUCUCUGUGAUUGAAAAACGCCUUCUCAAAUUCUUCUUCUUCUUCUUCUUCUUCUUCUUUCUUCUUCUUUUCGAUAUUUCUGAGAUGAGGUAUUCUAACUAUUUACACUAUUUACAUUGUUCGGACUGUUGUCCUCAUCUUUCUUGCCAUAUUCACGGCGUUUCGACCGUUGUACACUCCCUCCUUCUUCAGUUCGUGUUCUUCUUUGCUUUCUUCUUCUUUCAUCACUUUUUUCCAAUUUCUUCUUCUUCUUCUUCUUCUUCUUCUUCUUCUUCUUCUUCUUCUUAA